GACCAGAAAAGUCUGGACUCUGGAAGAAAGAAAGCGGCGCGGCGGCCGGCGGGGCACGGCACGGUGGACAUCACAGGGAAGGAGAAACGCUUCUUCCCGUUGUUCCCAAAUCCCAAUCCGUGGGAGCGCAGUCGCAGGCCAACGAUCGAGUGGAGUCGAGCACAAGGAAAAGGAACGCAUCGCCAUCGCCAUCGCCAUCGCCUCCCUCCCUGUCCUGUCCAGCUCACCUCCAAACCCUCCAUCUUCUUGAUUUACUAUACUUGAUUCCGUACAACCGCUCAUGGAUAAAGAGCCAACCAUGGAGGAUUUGCCUUCAACGCUGGGGCAGCCUUCUACUUCUGCAUCAUCGGUUGAUGCUAGAUAUUCAGCCGACAGGACUGAAGAUUCACAGCUCUUCCUCUCCGUCCCAGCUUUAAACCAAGCUGCGUCUUAUCUGGCCCAGACGGCCUCAUAUCUUACCCAGUGCCUCCCUGUAUCUGGUUACACAGCUAUUUCUGAGGAAGGGCAAGAACUAGCAACUCUGCCACCUGCGUCAACUGUUGGUGGAUCCUCUUUUCAGGCUUCUUCCGAACAGUCAGCAGACUCAUCUCCUGGUGAAAUUGAUAAUACUGGAAGCUCAUCUCAAGAAAUCACAGAACAGAUGGCACCUUUGCGCGUCUUCCAGAAUGGGGCUUCACUGUUUCAAGGUCUUGUAGAACGUGCUCGGAAAACUGUUCGUGGCUCAGCCAAUGAUAUUGGAUGGCUUCAGCAGGAUCAAAGCUUACCUCCAACUGAGGACGGAACUGCCAGAUUCUUGGAAAUUCUUGAUGCUGUGAGAAAAAACGAACACAAGCUGCCUGAUUCGAUGGUCUAUCUGUUGGUUCCAGGUUUGUUUAGUAACCAUGGGCCUCUUUACUUUGUCAAGACAAAAUCAUAUUUCUCCAAGAUGGGUCUGGCUUGUCACAUUGCCAAGAUUCACAGUGAGUCUUCAGUAAGUAAAAAUGCAAGGGAGAUAAAGGAAUAUAUAGAAGAAAUAUACUGGGGAUCGAAGAAGCGGGUGCUACUUCUCGGCCAUAGCAAGGGUGGUGUAGAUGCAGCAGCAGCCCUCUCCCUUUACUGGCCACAACUGAAAGACAAGGUCGCAGGUUUGGCUUUAGCUCAAAGCCCAUAUGGAGGAAGCCCGGUUGCUUCAGAUAUCUUGCGAGAAGGCCAGCUUGGUGACUAUGUCAGGUUACGUAAACUCAUGGAGAUUUUGGUAUCAAAAGUCCUUAAGGGUGAUCUUCAGGCUCUGGAAGACCUGACAUAUGAGAGGAGGAAAGAAUUCCUGCGGCAGAACCCAUUGCCUCCUGAGGUUCCCAUUGUCUCGUUCCACACAGAGGCUAGCAUCACUCCCAGUGUGCUUACAGCCCUCUCUCAUGUUGCACACUUGGAGCUCCCAGCUGCAGCUGAUGGGAAUCCUACUAGGAUCCCAGUUGUAAUGCCACUUUCAGCUGCAAUGGCAGCAUGCUCACAACUUCUGGUGGCAAGGUAUGGUGAGAAGAGUGAUGGUCUUGUGACAAGGAAGGAUGCUGAAGUUCCUGGAUCAGUAGUGGUCCGGCCAGAGCGGAAGUUGGACCAUGCAUGGAUGGUUUAUUCCUCACUCAAUGAGGAACCUAGGGAUCAGGCAGACACAUCGCAGGUAUGUGAAGCCCUGCUGACUCUGCUUGUUGAGGUUGCGCAGAAACGGAGGCAUGAGAUGGCUAUGAAAGAUGAAUAAAAAUGUUAGUGUUGCUCUGACAGAUAUUUGUAAUCGUAGACUUCUGUUGUUGAAUGUACUGUCCAAACUUAUGCUGAAACUGCUUCUGGGCCACUUUUUUUUGUUUGGUUUACAGAAGCUUCAUAUAUCAACUGAAUCUGAAAGGUGAAAAGGGCAACAAUGGAAGCGUUUCUCUUUUUUUUUUUAAUUUACCAUAAGGAAAUUGUAUGAUUUGGUCGUUUCUCAUGUCUCAUGGUAUUCCCCUUCCCAAUCAGGUGAUUCGUCUACUAGGUCUGAAUUUGAUUAUGGUUGUAAGUGUAUUUAGGCAUGAUUCCAUGAGUCAUGGGUAUGCAACAGCUUGAGAUCGCAAUGUAUAGAACUCUUUAUAUCCUAGUCUGUUGCAGAUUCUUCACAACAAUUAGCCUAACUUGUGAAAGCGCAUUAUUUUCUGUUUGUUAUGGUGUUUAGAGCUUCAGUGUGCACUAUGAUUAGGUUAUGCUUCAUCGUCCUAACUGAUUACUACCAGUUGAGCAAUUCCUCCUCAUCUGAUCAACCUUUGACAUGUCCACGGGGAAUGGUCCAAUAAUAGUGUUCAGAACAGCUCCUGCUAGGCCCCAUGGGGAAGUCUCCAUUCUGGAGCGUGUCCAUGGUGUCUGUUGACAAUGGGUGGUAGCAAAGGAGGUUGAGAAAUAAGGGCAGAACCAUGGUCCAUCUGGUUGCAGCAGAGGAGCAAAAAAGCUUUAUUGGGUAAUUCACUCAAAUUCAACUAUUCAUGGUAAUAAAAUAUAACUGUACAUACUGUUCAUGCUACCUUAGGUUAUAUCAUGCCAAGCAUGCAUAUUACAAGAUAGGCAUAAAUUGGCCAUGUUCAUGUGCAAUUGCUUCCUUUAUGCUAUGAAGUGGCAUGUGAAAUUAAAGUGUAUGGAGGAAAUGCUAUAUUAGAUCUCAUCUAUAAUGUUGUUUCUGACUUCUGGGGCAUUUUCAGUUCCAUCACAUGGCUACUUCAAUUUGUCUAUUUACCAGUUUAUUAUACAGCCACAGGAAAAAGAAAAAAAAUAAUUAGUCAUGUGUGCACUUUUCUUUUGCUUAGAAGAAAUGCUACCUUUUUUUUUUCUUGUGGAUGACAAGUCUCAUCACUGUACUCUCACAAAUCAAAGGCCAGAUUGUUCCAGAGUUUCUAGUAUGCUGACAGUGUGACACACACAGAUGAACACGGUUGAGGAGCAAGAAAGGAGAGAAGAGCAGGGAGUGGCACAUGCGCCAAAAGUGCACCCCACCCCCUCGUCCUGACUACUCCUGACAUCGUGCUUGCUCCAAACAAAAGUUCACAUCCACCAACCAUGUAUUACAUUGAUGAACAAGCACUGCAGGGAGGACUGAAAUCCGAAAUGCACAGUACAGGUAUAUGAGCUGAAAUAUCCUCUAAUGAAAUACGCUCUCUUGGACAGUUGCACAUGUAUGUAUUAAUUAAUUUACAAACAAGAAAGACAAACCGACGCAUUUGUUUCUUGGCUCAAGUACUGUACCUGAGGGUGAUGCGGCAGUUAGGGCUUGUUCUCUUGCCCAAUUUGCACAUCACACCAAUGUAAGUUCCUAAAUUUUCUGAAGCCUGCUAACAACUCAACUAAAAAUGCUAAUAAGAAGAGAGCCUUGCUAAAGAUCAGCAGCAAACAAUCUGGUCCAGAAAGCUCUGUUUGUUGGUGAGAGUGACACCAAGCUCGACAUAGAACAAUUGACAGUGGCUGACAGAGUGACAAUCAUCCCAUUCGGCGGGAUGAUGAUGAUGAUUCAUAGAUAUAGUCGAGUAAAGGCGAGUGAGUGGGUGUCAACCUCACAUUGGUUGGCACUUGGCAGUGUCCAAAACCCAAAUGCUAGCAGCAAAGUGUAGUAGAGUUUUUGGCUCCGAGGAAUCAUUUCAUGCGGAAAGACCCAUAUGUUGAUGGCGGUAUUACUACUAUGUAGGAGUAGCACACUAUUAUGUUUAUUAUACCUAUGACAAUACUGCAUAUGGAGUGGUAGGCUCCAAUCCCAGGUGACGUUGGAGCACAGCAAAUGUGGGUACCUGCAGCUAUAAGGGCAAGUACUAUAAUAUCUCAUAUGUUGCCCCUAAGAAUGCCACAUUGGAUUGGGUAAUGAGGUGGAGGAGAGAAGUGGAGAGAGAGAAGAUGAGCCACUCCUAAAUCAAGAGACAACCUCCACACAAAUUUCAAGAAGUGUGUGAGAGUAUUAGAGAUAUUAGUAUUUGUGUGUUAGAGGUGAUAUAUUGUAUGUGUUGCCUCUUAGUUCAUGAGUGAAUAAAAUAGAUAAAUUUAGAGGUGGUAGUCACAUCUACCAUAGCACUUGCCCUAAAGGUGUGUGAUGAGUGAGCCAACUAGCAUCUGCCAUGUUUCCUUUGUUACCAGAUGACAGCUCACUCUUCUGAAAUGCAAACCAUCCAUUGCAAUCUCUGCACUUUGAUACCAUAUUUUAGUGUUAUCAGCCUGAAACAACAACUGAGUAUCUGUUAUUAAUCAUUGUUAAUUGAUACUAUAUACUAUAUGUGUUUCUGCAGCUCUCCAGAUCGAGUGCAAAAUCUCUUUACGUUGAUUUGUUCUUUCUAUCUCUGCAAUUUCCUAAGCAAACUUUGUUGAAAAAUCUAUUUCAGGCAUGCGGUUGUUGGCCUGCCAAUGCUGAGGAGAAGACGUGGUCUAACCAGGGAGCUCUCAUCUUGAUAUAACUAACAAUAAGAAAUAUAAAUGGAUUGUGUUCAUGCAGCCCUACAUGACUAUUUUUAUCGAUCAAAAGAACUGAUUGAGUCGUUCACAGGUCAACGUAUACACAUACAAGUUGCGCUAUUCUAUGCAUGGGGAAGCAACUAAAUGGUUGCACUAGUGCCAAGUUGCUAAUCGGAGAAGCAUUAGCUCGGGGCAUGCAGUUCAGUGACAACCAUACUCAAAUCAGCUUUUCUUUCUGUCGUGUUUUUGUUUCUCCAUUUCUUUCUCUUUUUUCUAAUUUAUUAUAGGUAGAAAGAUGGAUGGGAUCCACCGCUGCACGUUUAUUGGAAAAUCUCUCUUUGCAAGUGGUACUACAUGUAAAAUGUGGUUUGCAAGCUUAAUUGCUGAUAUGGUUAACUAAAUCAAAUUGUGGAUACGAGAA